UUUACAUCACUUCCGCUUUACCUAUUUCAGUCUCUUCCGUGCUUACCUGUGUUAUUUUCAUCUCCACGUGGGAGCAGAGUCAACUGGAUCCAAUAGUGACGCCCCCGCACCUGGAGGCUGGCUGCGGGGUGCGGCGGGGUCGGAGCAUCGGGGUCUCAUUGGGGAGCACGGGAAUAACGGGGGAGCGUCCCACAGAGGAAGGAAGCGCUUAAGGCGCCCGCGAACCUUGGCCUCUUGUGGCCUCUGCUCUUCCCCAGUAGGUGCUUUCACUGCGCAAGGGAAUGGCUCCUGUGCUCCUGACAACCAGGCCUGGAAGGGAAUCAGUGACAUUCCAGGAUGUGGCUGUGGAAUUCACGCAGGAGGAGUGGGCACUUUUGAACCUGUCUCAGAAAAAGUUGUACAGGGAUGUGAUGAUGGAGAACUAUAGCAACCUGGUCUCUUUGGGAAUUGCAGUUUCCAAACCAGAUGUCAUCUCCCUAAUGGAAAGAAAGGAAGCCUUCUGGAUGCCAGAGACAGAUAUCCCAAGAAGCAGCUGCCCAGAGAGCAAAGAAUUCAGUGGACAAAAACCUUACAAAGAUAAUGAAUGUGGGAAGGCCUUUAGGCUGGAGAACCAAUAUAUGCAACAUCAGGGAAUACAUACUGGGGAGAAGCCUUAUGAAUGUAAUCAUUGUGGCAAAACUUUUAGACUGAGGUAUUACCUUACUCGACAUCAGAGAAUUCAUACUGGAGAGAAACCUUAUGAAUGUAACAAAUGUGGCAAGUCCUUUAUACUGAAGACAGAACUUACUCAUCAUCAGAGAAUUCAUACUGGAGAGAAGCCUUAUAAAUGUGAUGAAUGUGGAAAGGCCUUCAGCCGGAAGGCAGAGCUUCCUCGCCAUCAGAGUAUUCAUACCGGAGAGAAACCUUAUGAAUGUAACAAAUGUGGCAAGUCCUUUAGACUGAAGACACAACUUACUCAUCAUCAGAGAAUUCAUACUGGAGAGAAGCCUUAUAAAUGUGAUGAAUGUGGAAAGGGCUUCAUAGUGAAGACAGACUUAAAUCAGCAUCAGAGAAUUCAUACUGGAGAGAAGCCAUAUAAAUGUGAUGAAUGUGGAAAGACCUUCAGAGUGAAGAAAUACUUAAAUCAGCAUCAGAGAAUACACACUGGACAGAAGCCUUAUAAAUGUAAUCAUUGUGGUCAGGCCUUCAGAUUGUGCGAACUGUUUACUCAGCACCACAAAACUCAUAAUGGAGAAAAACCAUUUGUAUGUAAUGAGUGUGGGAAAGGCUUCUUUUGGAAUUCAGCUUUCAUGCAACAUCAGAGGAUUCAUACUGGAGAGAAACCUUUUGAAUGUAACAAAUGUGGCAAGGCCUUUAGACUGAAGACACAACUUACUCAGCAUCAGAGAAUUCAUACUGGAGAGAAGCCUUAUAAAUGUGAUGAAUGUGGCAAAGCCUUCCGCCUUAUCAUGCAACUUACUCAACAUAAAAGAAUUCAUACUGGAGAGAAACCUUAUGAAUGUAAUGAAUGUGGGAAGGCCUUUAGACAGAGGACAAAACUUACCAUGCAUCAGAGAAUUCAUACUGGAGAGAAACCUUAUGAAUGUAAUGAAUGUGGGAAGGCCUUCAGACAGAGGACAAAACUUACCAUGCAUCAGAAAAUUCAUACUGAUGAGAAGCCUUAUAAAUGUAAUGAAUGUGGAAUGGCCUUCAGAUCGUGGAGACGAUGUAUUCAACACCAGAGAGUACAUACUAGAGAGUAGACUUAUGAAUCUAAUCAUU